GAGCCCAACCGGUGCUCAGGUGCUGAGCGUGGAGAGCAACGUCAUCCUGUUCUUCGUGGGGAACUCGGAGGUCCCGGGGGCGGUGCCCGCGGCCGCCGGCGCCGCGCGCCCUCACACCAUCUCCCUGCGCAAGAUGAAGACCAGUCAGGACGGCUUCACCUUCUUCUCCGGCGCCGCCCACAUGGACCUGAUCCCGUCGCUGCGCGGGCGCUACUACCUGCGCUACGUCCACGCCUUCCAGAGCGGCGCCUUCAGCUACUUCCUCACCGUGCAGCAGGUGAGCGGCGACUCGCAGACGUACCACACGCGCAUCGUGCGCAUGUGCUCCUCGGACCUGCUGAUCCGCCGCUACGUGGAGAUGCCGCUGGAGUGCAUCAGCACCGACAAGCGGCGGCGGCGCUCGGCCAAGGACGUGAAGGUGUUCAACAUCCUGCAGGCGGCCCACGUGACCCGGCUGGGCGCCGACGAGGAGCUGCGCAGGCAGCUGAGGGUGGAGGCGGACGAGGACGUGUUGUUCGCGGCCUUCGCGCGGGGAAAACCCAACUCGCCCGAGCCGACGGCCAACUCGGCCGUGUGCGCGAUGUCGCUGAGACACGUCAACGACAUGUUCAAGAAGUACAUGCAGAGCUGCAGCACGGUGGACCUGUACCACUUCACCGGCUCCGACAGGAAGUCCUGCUACAACAAGAGUUCCUCCGAUGGCUGCGACCCCCACGAGGGCAUCCACGAAGGGAAGGAGAGCAACUACCGCCUGCAGGUGACCCAGUUCGUGCAGCGGCUGGAGUACUGGCACAAGGAGCUGGCCAACACGCUGGUGACGUCCAUCAGCGUGGCGCCGGUGCACGGCCGCGCGGUGGCGUUCCUGGGCACGGCCGACGGGCGCCACAUGCAGGUGCUGUUCUCCAGGUCGGCCUCGCCUCACCUGGACAUCCGUUUGGACCGGAGGCCCGUCACUGCCAGCCUGCCGCUGCUCCACGGCGACGGCGGCGGCGCUCUGCUGGUGGCCUCGGGGAACAAGAUCACUAAGAUCCCUCUGAUUGGCCCUGGCUGCGAUCAGCUGACCACCUGCACUUCCUGCUUGCUGUCGUCCAGAGUGACUGAAUGUGGCUGGUGUGACGGACGCUGCACCAGAGCGCAUCAGUGCCCGUCCUCCAUUUGGACCCAGGACUACUGCACUCCUGUCAUCACCAAGGUGUUCCCGGCCUCGGGGCCGGUGCGAGGCUCCACGGUGGUGACGAUCUGCGGACGCAACUUUGGCUUUGACAAAACGGAGGCGUUCCAGGCGUCCAUGGUGUCGGUGGAGGUGGAUGGAGCUCCCUGUAAACUGCCCAGACAGCAGCAGGGCAUCAACAGCAGGUGGACUGAGCUGCAAUGCCUCCCAGCGUUCAGUGGGAACUUCACCCCAUCAGGAAACAUGGUCAAAGUCAUAUCUGGUCAGAAGACGGCCAAGAUGGAGGGCUUCUCCUUCGUGAACCCGAUCAUCCACGAAAUCUUCCCGACAUUCGGGCCAAAGUCAGGGGGCACCAUGCUGACCCUCAGAGGAAGCUUCCUGGACGCAGGAAACAAGCAGGAGGUGACUGUGGGGAAGGCGGCCUGUAAGAUCCAGAGCCUGUCGGCCACCAUGCUCACCUGCAAGACGCCGCCGCACGCCGAGCCCUCGGAGCAGCCGGUGAAGCUGACGGUGGACGGGGUGGAGGUGCUGGCGCCGCUGCCCUUCACCUACAACCAGGACCCCAUCAUCAACAGCAUCCAGCCGUCGCGCUCCUUUGUCAGCGGAGGCUGCACGGUGGCGGCUCACGGCUUCUUCCUCCAGUCCGGCCUGCAGCCCCAGAUGGUCCUCACCACCGGCCAGGAUGCAGCGGUCUUCCAUGUUAGCUGCGUCUACGCUGAGAACAGGACGUCCAUCCAGUGCACCACCCCCUCGCUGGCCAAGCUGGCCCUGCAGCCGCCGGUGGUCACCAAGGUGGCCUUCGUCCUGGACGGCUACUGCACGGAGCAGUGGGACCUCAUCUACGUGGAGGACCCGCACUUCCAGGACCCCAAGCUCACCUCCAAGGACAACAAGAGCAUUGUGGAGCUGAAGGGCGAUCGCAUGGACAGAGAGGCCAUGAAGUGCCAGGUUCUGACCGUGUCCAACCACAGCUGCGAGACUCUGACUCUGGUGGGAAACACCCUGGAGUGCACGGUUCCCACUGAGCUGCAGGCGGCAACCGCCAAGGAGCUGCAGGUGGAGUGGCGGCAGGCGGACUCCAUCCGGCACCUGGGCAAGGUGACGCUGGCCCAGGAGCAGGACUACGCGGGGCUGAUCGUGGGCUGCGUGUGUGUCAGCCUGCUGCUGAUGCUGCUCGGAGGCCUGCUGAUGUGGAGGAGGAACAAACACAUCGACGAUCAGGGCACUGACAGGCCCGAGACAUGCCGGGCCGUUCCUCCAGUCUACGGGGGCAACGGGGAGCUGCUGUCUCCCAGGCUGGGAGCACUGGGAGGUGGACUGGGGAUUGGUCUUGGGAUGGAGAGCGAGCUGGUGUCACCUUUGCUGAUGGCUCCCGUGCACAUUGACCCAUCGUGCCUCCACCCAGAUCUGCUGACAGAGGUGCAGCACGUGGUGAUCGCCAGGGAACAGCUGCUGCUCCACCUCAACCAGGUCAUUGGCAGAGGUCACUUCGGCUGCGUUUUCCACGGAACUCUGCUGGAGCCGGACGGGCAGAAGCAACACUGUGCUGUCAAGUCCCUGAACCGCAUCACAGACCUGGAAGAGGUGUCGCAGUUCCUGAAAGAAGGCAUCAUCAUGAAGGACUUCAGCCACCCCAACGUCCUCUCGCUCCUGGGCAUCUGCCUGCCCCCAGAGGGCUCUCCGCUGGUGGUGCUGCCCUACAUGAAGCACGGAGACCUGCGCAACUUCAUCCGCGAUGAAGGACACAACCCGACGGUGAAGGACCUGAUGGGCUUCGGCCUGCAGGUAGCCAGAGGGAUGGAGUACCUGGCCAGCAAGAAGUUUGUCCACAGAGAUCUCGCCGCAAGGAACUGCAUGCUGGACGAGAGCUACACGGUGAAGGUGGCAGACUUCGGCCUGGCCAGAGACGUGUACGAUAAAGAAUACUACAGCGUCCACAACAAGAGCGGAGUGAAGCUGCCGGUCAAGUGGAUGGCGCUGGAGAGUCUGCAGACACACAAGUUCACCAGCAAGUCGGACGUGUGGUCCUUUGGGGUGCUGCUGUGGGAGCUGAUGACCCGCGGAGCGCCGCCCUAUUCAGACGUCAACUCCUUCGACAUCACCGUGUUCCUCCUGCAGGGACGGAGGCUGCUGCAGCCUGAGUUCUGCCCCGAUGCCCUCUACACGGUGAUGAUCGAGUGCUGGCAUCCGAAGCCGGAGCGGCGGCCGUCCUUCUCCGAGCUGGUGUCGCGCAUCUCCAGCAUCUUCUCCAGCUUCAGCGGGGAGCACUACGUCCUGCUCAACACCACCUACGUCAACAUCGACAAGAUGACGCCGUACCCCUCCCUGCUGCCCUCCUCCUCCCCCUCCUCCUCCAACAACAACAACAACAACAGCGGCACCUGCUCCUCCUCCUCCUCGGACCCCCUGGCUUCCACGUCCCUGCCGUCACGAUCCCCGCUCUUUUUCCACGUGGAGCGGGACUGCUGCACCUGACGGACAGAAGCAGCCGGGGAAGAAGACUCCUGAGGAAGAGGAAGGACGGCAGUGAGGUGACGUGAGAGCUGGUGUGUGUACUUAGCGAACACUGGACACUGUAAGCUGAGCAGAAACAGUUUUUGUACAUAAGUCUGUGACCUUUGACCUUCUCAAGCAUUGCUGAUCCACGGUGCAGGGCCGCCUUUCUGGCCGUGCGUCACCCCUGAGAAGCCUCAGUCAGCGCUCCUGUGUCUGUCUGGACAGUCAGCAGGCACGGGACCGCCUCCUCGCAGCCCUGCAGCGAACAAAGACCCUCCCCAUGUACACAAUGUGAAUACACACUGAUUUCACACCUGCGCACUUCAUGAACUAGCCCGACCCGCAUACGGCUGUGACGAUGCGGUGCCAGAUGGCGCCUCAGGUGAGUCAAGCCGAGCGGCUGGAGGCCGGUGAUGCCGCUGAUGGGAAGGGCAGCGUGGGUGGAAGGCAGGAAGACAAAUGUGCAGUUCACUGGAAGCUUUGUUGGUGUAAUUAGCUUUUGAUGUGCUCGGUGAAAAAACUGAGUGUAUCUCAGCGUGACUCACCUGCGUGGAAUCCCUGAAGGGUUCGAAGCGCGUUUAUGGAUCCUGUGAUGUCCCAUGGUGUAAAAAGCAGCACGCACGCUUUGAAAGCUCUGAGGAGAGACGCAUGAGUGACAGCUGCACAUCACUGCAUCUCUGGGACAUAAGACACGAUGUGACGUUUAAAGGCCAGAUGCUCGUUUUAGCUCGUGUCACACACUGUUUGUCUCCAUUUUAGAAUUUAGUAGAAGUUUGUCAGAAGUUCCGAUUUUUGUGAGUGAAAAAAGUUCGAAUGUAAAACUGAUGAUUAAAUGGGACUGUUGUCGACUGGAGAGACUCCAGUGAUCUACUGUAGUAACGACGACCUGAAGCCACACACAUACAGACACCACUGUAUCAGGUCCACCUGCAGCAUAAUGCAGUCCAGAACAGCAGCCCUCUGACCCGGCCAAAGGGAGGUGGAGCUCACUGACAGCUUCAGCUCCACUGGACUGAGCCGUGAACCUAAUAAAGUGGCCACUGAGUUAAAAGGCUUCUGCUACCUGUAAUAUUCUGCAAAGAAACAGAAAGUCCCCCCCCCCCCCACACACACACACACACACACAAACACCUUGUAUUUCCUGUUUGUAGCGUAUUAGUGUGUUAUGUGAACGGCUGCUGAUGUGACUGGACCAGUGACGGACAGGUGUGAAUGUUCGCCAUGACGACUAAGUUGCUGUAUUAUAUUUUUCUAAUGAUGAUGAGUCUCGUCUUUCAGCCUGACCAGUGCGAACAAUGAUCAAAGCCGCUGCACUGCGUUUUCAACCACUGCCAUUAUGUAAAUAAGGAGAAGGGAACGUAGGGAUCUGUGGUUCCCUGGUUCUGUGGGUCCGUGGUUCUGUGGUUCUGUGCAUGGAGCCCUGCAUCGGACCGAGCUUAGCUUCCUGAUCAGACCUGUGUAAACGUCUGUCAGUCUGUCGUCUGUGUGUGUCUGUGUGUGUCAGUGUGUCAUUAUGUCUGUUGUGUGUGUCAGUGUGUGUCUGUGUGUGCGUACGGAUGAUCUUGUUGCCUAUAAACAAAUCCUGAAGGUACAUGUUACUAUGUAAUGUCAAAUAAACUGUGUCAGUGUAUUAAAGCUCUACUAUUAAAGUCAAA